AUGGCAUGCUUCCUGCUAUCUGCGGUGGGCGUGGCGUUCGGCGGUCAGAGCCUCCGCCGGCCCGAACGCUGCAGUUUGCCCGCACGGUCGCUCCUCGGCCGCACCGCAGCAGUCUCGCGCCGCGAAUCCCUGCAGCUGGGCGCGGGUUUAUCCGCUACAUUCCUCGCGCCACUGGCCGCGCCGCGGGCCGCCUUCGCUGCCGCACAGGACCCGAACGAUCUUAGCCGCCUAAAGAAAGGGCUCGACUCUGUGCAGUUCCUGCUCGAUAACUGGGACCGCGAGACGGUGGACCCAAACUCGGGCGCCGACAGCCCCGACCGCGUGCGCUUCUUUCUCGGCCUGCGGACGACGGACCACCCGCUCUUCCAGGUCGACAAGUUGCUGAUCAAGGCGCAGAAAUCGCUGCCCGACGACGUCGACUUUGAGACGUGGAUCGACUCACUGGCAUACACGUCGUCGUUUGGCGAGUACAACCCCGGCGGCGGCAAGGAGCAGGUGCGCAAGUACCUGCUGCUCGCGAAGGAGGAGGUGGUGCAGGCACGCGACUCGCUCCAGACGAUGGCCCCAAGCGGCUUUCAGCAGCUCGGUGACGAUGGCACCGAUUCCGAGUCCUGGCCGCAGAAGAUGCAGCUGAUGGAGCUCAUGGAUGAGCGCGAGUCGGGCGGCCUGCGGCUGCUCUCAGACCUCACAGGCGGUGGUGGCGCCGAGAAGCUCGCGUCGAUGCUGGGAUCAAGCGCCGGCUCGGGCCUCAGCGGCGAGGCGGCCGACCUUGAUCACCGCAAGGUCCUCUUCGGCGCCAAUGCUUUUCGCGAGAAGGAGCCGAAGAGCUACCUCGAACUGGUGUGGGACGCGCUGCACGACGCCGUGCUCAUCAUGCUGCUCGUGCUGGCUGCGGUGCAGCUGCCGACGGAGUUGGUCUUUGGCAAGGACAAGAGCACCGCCUGGAUCGAGCCCACCGCCCUCUUCCUCUCCGUCUUCAUUAUUGUAAACGUGUCCUCCGCGACCGACUACGUCAAGGAGCGGCAGUUCAAGUCUCUGGCCGCGAAGCUGAACCAGUCCAACAAGAAGGUCGUCGUGCGGCGGGGAGAGCAGACAGAGGUGACGGACGCCGAGAUCGUCGUCGGAGACGUGCUCGCCUUCAACGCGCACAGCCUCGCCUCGCUGCCGUGUGACGGGGUCCUCCUCUCGGGCUCGGACGUCAAGGUGGACGAGUCCUCCCUCACUGGCGAGCCCGACCCGAUGCCGAAGACCGCAGAGGCGCCCUUCUGCGUCUCCGGCACCGACGUGGUGAGCGGCUCCGGCCGGAUGCUGGUUGUCGCGGUCGGGCCGUACUCGGUCUCUGGCAAGAUCAAGAUGGCGGUGUACCACGACGAGGAGGAGGACGACGAGGCGUCGCCCCUGUUCGUCAAGCUCAACGGCAUCGUCGAGGACGUCUUCAAGGUUGGCCUCGCCGCAGCCGUGUUUUGCUUCCUCGCUAUGGUGGCGCUGGGCAUCGUCUACCCCUCCUUCCGUGGCUGCGGCGAGGAGGGCUGCUGGGACUUCCUCGAGGUGGAGUGGCUCCAUCUCAUCGAGUACAUGCUCACCGCCAUCACCGUGCUCGCCGUCGCGAUGAUGGCGCAAAACAACCUCGUCAAGCACCUCGACGCGUGCGAGACGAUGGGAUCCGCCACGACCAUCUGCUCAGACAAGCACCGGCACGGCGUCACCUACUCGGCCGCCGGCGACUCGAAGCGCUCGCUCGGCCGGCAGCUGGUCGAGCUGCUGCCGGAGAAGCUCGCGCACCUGCUGGCGCACCUCAUCUGCGUGGACACGAUGGAUGAGUCCUUCCUCGAGGUGAACGAGGCCACCGGCGCCACCGGCUUCAAGGCCGCCCUUCUCCUUCCCGCCCCCGACCCUCCGCCCGGCCCUUCUUGCCCACCCCAGCCGCCGGCGCAACCGCAGGGGAACCCCACAGACGGGGACGCGCGCGUAGGCAAGCCCUUCAUGUUCUCGUCCAAGCGCAAGAUGAUGAGCUGGGCGGUGCCGCUGCCGCGAGGCGGCUACCGCGUCUACUGCAAGGGCGCGAGCGAGAUCGUCAUCGCGCGCUGCGACGCGAUGCUCUCGGCGAGCGGCGAGGCGGCGCCGCUGUCCGACGCCAAGCGGCAGCAGCUGAUGGAGACUGUGGUGCGCCCCUUUGCGGGCGAGGCGUACCGCACCAUCGCGCUCGCAUAUCGCGACUUGCCCGGCGUCAAGUCCGCCUCGUCCAAGGAGCUCGAGGCGACCCACUCCACGAUGACAAACGCGGACGGCUCCGCGGCUUACGUCGCGGAGACCGGCCUCACGCUGCUCGCCCUCACCGGCAUCGCUGACCCGUUGCGCCCCGAGGCGCCGACGCGCUGCGGUUGCGACGGCGCAGCGUCCCCACGCCACGUCCACGAGAGGUCCAAGACGUGUCCCCUAGGCAUCGACGUGAGGAUGGUCACGGGCGACAACCUCGACACCGCCGUCGCGAUCGCAAAGAACUGCGGCAUCUUGCGGCCGCAGGCCCUCGCGCUGGACGCGUCCGACCUCGAGCCUGACCCGGCGCACGCGGCUGGCGAGCGGCCCAAGCCCAAGCGCGCGCUCGAGGGCCGCGAGUUUCGCGCGCUCGUGCACCGGACGCACGCCGACGGCAGCCUCGCCCUCGAUGAGGAGGGCAAGCCCGAGUUUCUGCAGACGCAGUUCGAUAAGGUGUGGCCGUACUUGCGCGUGCUCGCGCGCUCGUCGCCCGCCGACAAGCUCACGCUCGCGAACGGGCUCAACAAGUCGACGGUGUUCGCCGACGCGCAGCAAAUAGCAAAGGACGCGUGCGAUAUCGUCCUGCUGGACGACAAUUUUGCCUCGAUUGUAGUCGCCGCAAAGUGGGGCCGCAACGUCUACGCGAGCAUCUCCAAAUUUCUUCAGUUCCAGCUGACGGUCAACAUUGUCGCCGUCUCGCUCGCGAUCAUCGGCUCCAUCGUCUUUCAGGAGUCGCCCAUCGCGGCGGUGCAGAUGCUCUGGGUGCCGAUGCUCUGGGCGGAGCAACUCCUCGCGUGGCAGGGUAGGCACGGGCGUGUCGCGGUUGCUCUAGGCGCCGAGCACUUUCACGUCCUCGACGGGCACGACGUCGACGACUCGAAGCCGUCGGUGCACUACACCAUCCUGUUCAACGCCUUUGUGCUGAUGACGCUCUGCAACGAGGUCAACUGCCGCAAGCUUGAAGGCGAGUUCAACGUGUUUGCGGGCGUCUGCUCGAACGCGUGGUUCGUCGGCGUCCUCCUCGGCACGCUCGUGCUACAGGUGCUUGCUGUCCAAUUCGGUGGCCGCGCGCUCCGCUGCGCGGAGGGAGGGCUCACCACGCACCAGUGGCUCUUUUGCGUCGGUGCCGGCCUCUUCUCGCUGGUGUGGCAGCAGGCGCUGAACUGCUACUCGCUUCUUUCGCGCCGAGUGGACGCGCGGCGCAAGCGGAUUAAGAAGAAACCGGCGCACGGCGGCGCGGUCAAGUUCAUGUCGCGUACCGGCAACGGCUUUCAGGAGUUUCGACGGAGUAACCCCUACCUGGGCAAGAGCCUCAGCACGCUCAGAUUUUCUCCAAGCUCGAAGACCGCGCCAGACUUAAUAAGCGCAGUCGCGGGCACAGGGCCGGUAGCAGUGUCGCGGCCCUCUUCUUACUGAGUUGGCAGGCUCUUCCCGCGCCUAAGCGGUCUUGCUGUCGCGCGUGGCGGCCUGGCGCCGGCCGCCGCCGCCGGGGGGAUGCGGGGGAUGGCGCAGGGCAUGCGCGUGUGUGGUCGCGUGAGGAGCGCAGGCCUGCGCGGUGCGCUCUCUGACACUCUCGCGACCCGGGUCUCACGGGUCACGCGAAGUCACACGGCGCCGCGCGCAGCUGCGCGCCGCGCGCUCUGAAUAUACAAAGCGCUCUGAAUAUAC